AUGUUCCUUCUCUUGGAGUUUUCCAGUGCCUACGGAACACAGGUGACCCUCUGCCUGUGCUUCUCACUCAUUUACCUGGUGGCACUGCUGGGGAACCUGCUCAUUGUGACCCUUGUCUGGCUGGAUGCCCACCUGCACUCCCCCAUGUGUUUCUUCCUGGGCCACCUCUCCUUCCUGGACAUCUGUUACUCCUCUGUCACCCUUCGUAAGAUACUUGGAGACUCCUUCUCACCACAGAAGACCAUCUCCUUUGGGGGCUGCAUCACACAGAUCUACUUCUUCCUUUGCUUUGGGAGCUCUGAGUGCGUGCUCCUGGCUGCCAUGACCUAUGAUCAGUACCUGGCCAUCUGCAACCCCCUCCGCUACCCAGUGCUUAUGAGCAAGGUGUGCCACUGCUUAGUGGUUGUUUCAUGGCUGAGCAGCUCCUUCUCAUCUCUGACCCAGGCCUUCCUCAUGGCCUGCUUGCCCUUCUGCAGGUCUAACAUGAUCAGCCACUUGUUCUGCAAUGCACCCUUCGUGCUGAAGGCAUCCUGCAGCCCUAAUGCGUCCCUCAGCAAGGCUGCCUUGUAUGCUUUGCCUGGGACUAUUGUGAUGGGCUCUUUCCUCCUUGCUCUUGUGUCCUACGUUCACAUCAUCGGGGCUGUCCUCCAGAAGAGAGCAGGCACACAGAAGGCCUUGGCCACCUGCACCUCCCACCUGACCGUCAUGCCCCUGUUCUUGGGUGCCGGGGCCAUUGUGUACCUGCUGCCUCACCUCUGUGGUUCCAAGGUGAUGGAUGAGGUCCUCGUCCUGCUGUGUGCUGUUGUGACCCCCAUGCUCAACCCCAUCGUCUACAGCUUGAGGAACAGCAAGGUCAAAGGGGCCAUCAAGAAAGCCCUGAGCAGGGGGGUGUUACAGAUGUCCGCCAACGGGAAAGAUCUCGCCGGCUGUGGCCUGGUCGAUAGGGGCUAUGCCAGCCACACCAUCCUUCUCAGCAACCGACGAUACCAGGGGCUGACCGUCUCAGUGCUGUGUCUCUACAGCAGAGACACUGAAGUGAAACCUGGUGUGACAGAGAAAUUCAGAGCCGCCAGAAGCCAGAGGGGAGUUCCCAAGGAGCAGAUGAUGGUGCUGCCCAAAGCCAAUCUGGUCCCCAUGGUCCUCACCCCCACCAGGAGCCAGCUCGUGGCCCCGACAGUGAGAGAGUGA